AGCCUUAAAGAUGCAUUAUGUUGACAUCUCUGUUUCCCUGUUUGUCUAACCCAGUUAGAACACCUCAUCUGGUUUUCUGAUAAUGAAUUCUACAGUUGUGUUGCUGAGGACCACUGCUCUGCCUCCACUGACUCUUGAUUCAAAUCUUGAAUUGACCAGCAUGGAAACAACAACAUUUGAUUACGGAGAAACAGAUGACAUAUGCUUGACUGAAGAUUCACACCUGUAUACAGAUCUCAAGGCUGCCAUUUUCUGCAUUGUUUUUGCGCUUGGCCUCAUUGGCAACAUCACCAUCUUAUGGGUCCUCUUGAAAAUCAUGCAUGUGAAAAAUAUGACAAAUCUCUGCCUGCUGAAUCUGGCUCUGUCGGACCUACUAAUGGUCCUCUCACUGCCCUUCUGGGGUCUCUAUGUUCAGGGCCACUACAUAAAAGCCAAUGAAAUGUGUAAGGCAAUGGCGGGUAUAUACCAAGUGGGAUUUUACAGCAGAAUCUUAUUUGUGACCCUGAUGAGCGUGGAUCACUAUUUGGUCAUCGUACAUGCCGUUGAGGUGCUGGGAGCAAAGAUGCUGCAUUAUGGAAUUAUGGUGAGUUUCGUUAUAUGGAUUGUUUCGAUCUGUGCCGCCCUUCCAGAGGCCAUCUUUGCAGCAAUGGUCACAGAGGACAACAUCACCAGCUGUCAGAGAGUUUAUCCUGAUGGGUCAGCCCAGAAGUGGAAGCUUUUUCGUAACUUUGGAGAAAAUGUAGUAGGACUGUUUAUCUCUUUGCCCAUCAUAGCCUACUGCUAUAUCAGGGUCCUAAUGGUUGUGAAGAAGACAAAAAACUCAAAAAAGGAACGGGCCAUAAAGCUCAUCUUAGGCAUCAUCAUCAUGUUUGUGGUCUUCUGGGUGCCCUACAAUGUGGUGGUGUUUCUGAAAACCUUGCAGGAGUUUGGCAUUCUAACUGACUGCGAGGCUUAUCGUCAUGUCAAUAUGGCCAUGGACUUGACAGAGACAAUCGCACUCACUCACUGCUGUGUAAAUCCGAUCAUUUAUGCUUUUGUUGGAGAAAAGUUUAGGAAAUGCCUAGCAAGUGUGUUUUCAAGAUAUCUUAAAUGUGUGAAGACCUCCCAAUCGACUUCUACGCAAGGAGUAGGAGUUUAG